GUAACAACAGCUCCAUUCCUUGUUUAAGAUUUUCCUAUUGUUUUCCCCUUUCUCAUGCUUUUGCCUAUUACUUGUUGGAAAUAAUGGCCCUUGCAUUCUCAUUAGUUUCCCCCUUCUGCAGUAGCCUACAGAAUGUGAACCAUAUAACCAAGGUCCAUUAUGUUCACUGCAAAAUCUCUAAUUGUCCUAUUAGACUGAAGAAUCUUAAUAAUAUUAGGAAGAAGGGCUCAAAGUUUGUAGUCAGAAACCAGAAAAGUAAUUUCCUUUUAGAGGAAAGCUAUACUGAUUUUGAUUGGAAGGAUGAGGAACAAGGCGACCUGGAAGAUGAUGAGGAGUCCCCCUGGAAAGGUGCAGUUGUGUAUAAAAGAAAUUCUUCUGUUACACAUUUGGAGUGUUGUACCACCUUAGAAAGACUGGGUUUGGGAAAGCUCUCCACAAAGGUGUCAAGGUCUCGGGCUUCGAUAAUGGGACUGAGGGUGACUAAAGAUGUCAGAGAUUAUCCUGAUGGAACUCCAGUAUUGAUUUCCUUGGAUGUGACAAGGAAAAAACACAAGUUGAGGCUUGACGGAAUCAUCAGGACAGUCAUCACACUUGGUUGCAACAGGUGCGGCGAACCAGCUGCUGAAAGUAUCUUUUCAAACUUUUCACUCCUACUGAGUGAAGAACCUCUUAAGGAAUCAGAGACCCUGGACAUGGGCGUAAUGUUUGGAGAGGAUAAAUUCAAAAGUUUUGGAAACUUCGAAGAGGAAAUGGAGGACGAUGAUGCUUUGAUCCCUCUUGAAGACCAGCUGUAUUUUCCUCCUGAAGAAAAAGUGGUGGACAUUUCAAAACAAAUUAGAGAUCUGGUGCACAUUGAAAUUACCAUUAAUGCUGUGUGUGAUCCCAAGUGCAAAGGUUUGUGCCUGAACUGUGGUGCCAAUCUUAACGUCAAUAGCUGUACUUGUCAUAUGCAAAAGGUAGAGGAGAAAGGUUAUGGUCCUCUUGGAGGUCUGAAGAAGCAAAUGCAACAAACAUGAUUAUUCUGCGUGUGUUAUAUAGUGGUCUUUUAGUAGUUUAUAAGCUAAAAUGCAAGGCCUUUCACUUUUACUUAUUCUUGCCAACAAAAUUCAUCAUUCACUCUCACGCAACUUGUGGAAGAGCUAAAAGUGAGAAGAUCAAAAAGUGCGUGGAUGUUUAAUGUGAUCAACACAGAAAGGACUUCUAGCAUUGUUUUCUUGAGAAAACUUACAUGACAUAGAAAACAUGGCUAUGUAUUUAGAUAGCUACACUUUAAAAAAAGGUUAUGUUUUAUAACUACACUACACUUUUGAUAGCA